CAUGAGUCUUCUUUUAUGACAGAUGACACUGUCCCUCACUGCCACCUGUUUACAUUGUAUGUCGCCUCUUCCUGACACGCCUGACUAACAGUACAACUGUCUCCAGAGUCUCCUUCACCAUUUAUACACAAACACUUCAAGACAAUAAGUGAGAUACAGUAACUAUGUGGAGUACAUUAUAGGACUAUAACCAAUGUCAACAGAAGAUCAAGAGGCCCAGGAGGAUGAACUAUUAGCCCUGGCUAGUAUAUACUCUGAAGAUGAAUAUAAAAGGGCGGAUGCGGCUCUUGGAGGGGAAAUUCAUUUGUGCUUGGAGUUACCUUCAGAUUUUGUAAUAUCUAUAAAAAGCAACAGUGCAACAAACUCCUUUGUAGACAACUUUGAGAACACCGUGUCCUUUCUGCCAUCAAUCAUCUUGAACUUUGAACUUCCUCCCGGAUAUCCAUCCACUUCACCCCCGAACUUUACAUUAAGCUGCAAGUGGCUUUCUCCAGCACAGCUCACUCUCUUAUGCCAGCGUUUAGAUGACCUAUGGGAGGAGAACAAGGGAUGUGUUGUCUUGUUUCAAUGGAUUCAGUUUCUAAAUGAGGAGACACUCGAUUACUUGAAUAUAAAAUCUCCAUAUGAAAUUAAGAUGUCUAGUAAUGGUGUACAGUGCUGGAUGCAGUCCCAUGAAAAGACCCCUGAUGAUGGGGUCUUAUUGGACACAAGGGCUAUACAGGAUGAACAGUCAGUUUCUGCACUGGUCAAAUAUGUCUUGGACUUCAAUGAAGCCCAACAGAAGAAGGCUUUUGAUCGGAAACUAUUCUUGUGCAAUAUCUGUUUUAUAGAGAAAUUGGGCAGUGACUGCACCCACUUUAAGGCAUGCGAGCAUGUAUAUUGUAACACCUGUCUUAAAGAAUACUUUGAAGUCCAGAUUAAGGACGGACAAGUCCAUGCCCUGAACUGCCCUGAACCUGAAUGCACAUCUGUUGCAACACCUGCUCAGGUAAAGGAUCUGGUAGGGGAGCAGCUUUUUAGCCGCUAUGAUCGUCUCCUCCUGCAGUCAAGCCUGGAUUCAAUGGCUGAUGUUGUUUACUGCCCCCGUCCAAGCUGUCAGACACCAGUCAUGCAGGAACCAGAUAAAACAAUGGGAAUUUGCUCAGUUUGCCAAUAUGCAUUUUGUGUCUUCUGCAGAAUGGCCUUCCAUGGACUCUCUCCUUGCAAAGUAACUGCAGGAAAACUUGUUGAACUGAUUGAAGAGUAUCUGACUGCAAGUGAGGAAAGAAAGAGAGAAAUGAUACAGAGAUAUGGACAGAUUGAGAAGGCUAUAGAACAAAUGAAGAACAGGGAGUGGUUAGAGGAGAACUCCAAGCCCUGCCCUAGCUGUAACAGUCCCAUUGAGAAAAUUGAUGGUUGUAACAAAAUGACCUGCACUACAUGUAAGCAGUACUUCUGCUGGAUCUGUCUGAAGAUACUGUGUCAAGAAAACCCAUAUAAACAUUUUGAGACCCCUUUAGCAUGUUUGAAACGAUAGUAAUCAUUCCAUGAAGAAGAUAGAUUUCCUUAUAGUCAAAUGGAACUGAAAGUAUCAAUUAUAAAUGACAAAAAUGUUACAAACAAAUACUUGUACAAUUCCAAAAUUGUGGGCGAAGGUUUCUACAAAAAGUUUACUAAAAGCUGCACAGAGCUCAUGCUCCACAAAGAAAUCAAAGUACUAAAACUGUUUAUUUACUAUAUUCACUUGUGGGUUCCACACUCCAUUCAUUUAUGCCAUCACGGCAAUGUACAAAGAGGUAUGAAUAAAUGUCAGGUUUGAGGGUAUGAAACAGGAUCAGGAGUUGGCAUUGAGGUGGUUAGAAGCUGGGUGCUGUUCUUGUCCAGGCUCAGAUCAUACAUUGUCAAUACGUAUGUUCUGCAGUGUACUGUACAAAUGAUUGAUCACCUAUGGCAGGCUGUCAUAAGAGAUCUGACAUGGCAGCCAUGACAACCGAUCAGCACUUCACAAUUAUGUUUUGACUGUAAUGAGAAGAAUAGGGAUGUGAAGCCAUAAUCCUCACCUGCGCCCAUGUCCCUUCCUACUUGGAGUCUCUGAUAAAAGAAGCCCCAACUUAACGACAGUCCCUUCUUAACUAAGUGCACAGGAAACCUAUGGCCAGCAAGUGUCCUGUUUAAAUAGUCUGGGCUGAGAGAGCAUGGGAACUCGGGGUUGACCAUAAUGGGCUUGCUUUCACUGCUCUCUCCCCACUAUCAGCGAGGCUGACAUGCACAGUGCCACAGAAGAUGGAACUUCGUGGACACUGUACCCAUUGUUGGAAUGCAGCCAGGUAAGUAUAUUAAAGUGGUUAGUGUCUUAAAAACAUGAGAGACAUGACAGGAUCAGAACCCAAUUAUAGUAUCUUCAGUGCAGAUCACUGAUGGUGAAAUUGAGCGCACAUCUGUCAUACAUUUUGAGCAAAUGUCUCUUUGAGGUUAAACUAGAUGUAGUAGGGGAGAUUU